AAAAAAAAAAAAAAAAAAAAAAAGUGUAUUUCGAUCCCUUUCGUAUUCUCAUCUUCUUCGUCCAAACUCCAAAUUCUCUCCUCGGAUCGAAGCCCACAACCUUUCAGAUUCCUCAAUCUUCCCUCAUCGGCGACCUAGAUCCCCUUCAAUUUCCCUCCGAUCUGCUUCCGUUCGACUCCACUAAUGUUCCUCAUUGACUGGUUCUACGGCGUCUUGGCCUCCCUUGGUCUUUGGCAGAAGGAGGCCAAAAUCCUGUUCCUUGGCCUCGACAAUGCCGGAAAAACCACCCUGCUUCAUAUGUUGAAAGACGAGAGGUUAGUUCAGCACCAGCCUACACAGUACCCGACGUCCGAGGAGUUGAGUAUUGGAAAAAUCAAAUUCAAGGCCUUUGAUUUAGGUGGACAUCAAAUCGCUCGUAGAGUCUGGAAGGAUUAUUAUGCUAAGGUAGAUGCUGUUGUGUACCUGGUGGACGCCUUUGACAAAGACAGAUUUGCAGAAUCAAAGAAGGAGCUCGAUGCCCUUCUCUCUGAUGAGUCUCUUGCUAACGUGCCAUUCCUGAUAUUGGGCAACAAGAUUGACAUUCCAUACGCUGCAUCAGAGGAAGAAUUGCGGUACCAUCUCGGAUUGACGAGCUUCACCACAGGGAAGGGAAAGGUAAAUCUGGCUGAUUCGGAUGUUCGAGCAUUAGAGGUAUUCAUGUGCAGUAUUGUUCGGAAGAUGGGUUAUGGUGAUGGCUUCAAGUGGAUGUCUCAAUAUAUCAAGUAGUAGGUGAGAUUGACAAUGGUAUGUGAUACAGUUUCGUGAAUUGAUGAAAUCCCACUGUCCGAAGCCCCUCCGAGAGGUCAACGUAGCGAUUGGAGUUUGAUAUUGAGUGUGUGUUAGAGGGAGGAGGGGGUUUGAGUUGAACUUUUCUUUUUUGUUUUGCUUUCAGAUGAUGUGUGGAUGGAGGGAGGAGGUAUACUCGUGGCUUAUUAUGUAAAAUUCAGUUCCUACCUCAAAGUUUAUUGUUCUUGACAUUUUCAUCU